UUUCGUACGCAUGUUGAAUGAACCUUCUCAACAAUUUUUGCAUAGGAAAAUUCAUCGCGUAUGUCUGUUAUCUGCGAACAAUCAUUCUGGCCAAACUGUUUGUGCAACGCGCGAAGAAGAAUUUAGAAAAAGAUCUUUGGAGUUUGGAGGCUUAUUCUCUGUUUUAUAAGAAGGGCGCGAGGCCAUUUAGGAAUAUAAUACCAUAACAUUUUUUUAUAAAUAUUCAUAUGCAAUUCUGUUUGUUAUGGACGACUAGUUUGGCUUGAUAUGGAGGAUGUCACCAAAUUGACCAAGGAGGAAUUUCUGAAGUUUUUAAACUGUCCCCAGUCCUCUUCACAACCCAUAAGCUUCACAAUUUUUGGACCCAACAAUCAAUUAAUAAAUCUUACAAAGCAAGGUGGUUUAUAUAAAGCUUGUGGUAUUGAAUUAGAAGAAAACACAAUUAAUAAUAUAGUACUGAGAAUUCCUUUGCCAAAAAUAAAUUUUACAGGCCUAUCUUUGAAAGAAUUAGCGGGACAAUUUGAAACUCAAUUGGCCAUAACAAAAAGGAAAAAGCAUAAUGCUGUAGUAUCACAAUUUAGUAGAAACUUGAACAAAAAAAAAAUUGCUUUGGCAAAUCCAACUGGUAAAAACAAACUAAAAAGCAGUAUAAUGGAUACAUCUCAUAAAGAAAUGAAGGGUGAUUCAAAAGAUCACCAAAAUUUUAUACUACAUAGUCUAUUAUCAAACAAACCAACUUAUUAUUUGAGUUUCCCUCGGGUUAAGCAUCCAGAAGAUGGAAGAUUAAAUUAUGCCUUUGAGACCCUUGUAAAAGACAUUAAGAAUAUGAAACUUCCAUCAGCUUCAUGGAAAAUUAAAGUCAUUGUAAGAAAUAAUAAAAUCUCUGCAAUAAUUUUUACAAAUAAGUGUGUUUUGGAACGGACUGUCACUUUUAGUGCUAAAAGUGAACUGUUUGAAAUUGUUAUUGAAAACAAACCUGCUAUAUUAUUAGGUUGCCCACCAACUGUUGAGUGUAUCAAUGAUAUUGAAGUGCUUUUAAAUAUUAUUCAUACUAUUAGUGCUAACAAUCCAAUGGUAUUUUAUAAGUAGUAAAUUAUUAUGUUAAAUGUAAGAAUUUUGAAUAAUCUGUAAGUGUAAUUUCCAAUAAAAAUUAUGUAUUCUUUGUUGUGGUCCUGGCAAUUGAUAUCUCCUAAAAUAAUUAAAAGGAAAAUAUUUAAAGGUAUUAAGCCGG